AGGUGCGCGUCUGGCUCGUGGCGACCGGCCGCCAUGCCCCGGCCGCUCGCGUGGACGAGGCUCAGGAACGAGGGCAGCGUCGUGGUCUCUCCGCGGAGCGGGCACACGCUCACGGCAACCAGCGUGGGCUUCGUCCUGUAUGGCGGCAUGGACGGGCGGCGCAACGACCUGGGCAACCCGGCCCCGAACAGCGACCUGUUCGUCCUCAAGCUGGGGCCGAAGGGCACGUUCGAGUGGAACGGGGUCGAGAUAGACGCUGGCUCGCAGACCCCUCCCGUGCGGACCCUGCACACGGCCGUGGCGGUGAGCUCCGACGAGCUCUUCGUCUUCGGCGGCAUCCACUCCACGACGCCGUACCAGGCCCUGAACGACGGCUGGACCUUGGACACCACCGGCUUCGAGUGGAGGAGGUGCCAGUUCAAGACGGCGAAGCCAGAGCACAAGGGUUCGUACUUGCGCCGGAUGACCGGCAAGAUCCCGGAGUAUCUCAUGCAGAUGCCAUCCAAUAGCCUUCCCAGCCAGCCAAGGAACAACAGCGCGUCCAAGAAGCCGAAGCAGCGUGCAGCCAGCGUCACCUUCGAGUCGCUGGCCCUGGCGGCCUCCCGCGCCGUCACCGACCGCGCGCUCACGGGCGGGGGCGCCCAGGCCGUCAAGAACUCCAUGCGCGGCACCAUGGGGAUCACGAACUCGACCACCUCGCCAACCACGUCCUGGGGAAGAAAGGCAUGGAAGAAGAUCCUGACCUCCAAGAGGGGAUCUGUCGCUCCUGGAGCAGGUUCCCCGGGCGACUCGGUCAGUCCUGGCGUGACAGCUGCGUCGAAAGCUCGCGAGAUGAAGAUGCGCCAGAAGAAGGCCCAGGGGCCGAGCCUCAUGACUUCCGAGG